CAGAGAUCCUGAGUUUUAUCCUAAUCCAGAGAUGUUUGAUCCAGAAAGAUUCAGCCUAGAGAAUCGUAGAAAUAUCAACGCUUCUGCAUAUGUACCAUUCGGAAGUGGUCCUAGAAAUUGCAUUGGAUCAAGAUUUGCAAUUAUGGAAAAUAAAACUAUUAUAUUCCAGUUGUUGAAAAGAUUCAAUAUUGUUCCAACAGAGAAAACUGAGAUUCCUUUGAAAAUAAGUCUAAUGCAUUUGAAUGUUACUGCUAAAAAUGGAUUCUGGCUUGGACUUAAACGAUUAUAA